CAGACCAGACACACCAAAAAGCCAUCUUCAACCUAAUUCCCACCACCACCACGCAAAUACCAAAAGGGGAACCCAAAAAGCUUCCCCACAAAAUCAUUUUCAGAGACUCCAGACUACGGGAUUGUGCAUUUGUUUGUUCCCCGUCUAAAAUUCCUUGUUUAAUCGCUAAAAAGGAAAAGUAGCAGCAGUAGCAAACCAAAGCAAAGCAAAGCAAAGCAAAAGCGCGCACUCUCUCUCUCUCUGAUUCAAUCGCUCUCUGGCAUUCUUUUCUUGCCACCAGAGCAAUCGCUUUACCCCACUCUACACCCAAAGCAUCUCUCUCACAUGGCUUCCUCCUCCUCUCUCUUUUAUAUCCUCCAUCUCCUCUUCUUCUUCACCUUCCCGCCUGCCUCGCCAUGCAUUCUACCAUCGCCACUACUUCUACUGCUCUCCCUACGCUCUAGAUUGUUGCUGCCGCCCGGCGCGAAUUCGAGAUGGCUAGCACCAGCGGCACCAAGAGCGACCUCCCGCGGUCGCUCUCCCGGGCCUCCACCAUGAUGGUGGAUUUGCGCGACGGCGACGCUCCGGUGAUCGACAGUGAGGUCGUUCCCUCUUCUUUGGCUUCUAUUGCCCCCAUUCUCCGUGUUGCUAACGAGAUUCAGGAUGAUAAUCCAAGAGUCGCCUAUCUAUGUCGGUUCCAUGCAUUUGAGAAAGCUCAUAAGAUGGACCCAACAUCAAGUGGACGUGGCGUCCGCCAAUUCAAGACAUAUUUGCUGCAUAGACUUGAGAAGGAAGAAAGUGAAACAGAACCUCGUCUUGCAAGAACUGAUCCAAGAGAAAUACAAUUGUACUAUCAGAAGUUCUACGAGGAAAAUAUAAGAGAUGGACAAUAUACUAAAAAACCGGAGGUGAUGGCUAAAAUUCUUCAGAUUGCAUCUGUCUUAUAUGAUGUGCUGAAAACAGUGGUACCUUCAUCCAGAGUGGAAGAAGAGACACAAAAAUACGCCAAGGAUGUUGAGAAGAAACGAGAGCAAUAUGAGCACUAUAACAUUCUUCCACUAUAUUCUGUUGGUUUAAAACCGGCAAUUAUGGAACUUCCUGAGAUCAAAGCUGCAUUUAAUGCUGUACGCAAUGUGGAUAAUCUUCCGAUGCCCAGAAUCAGUUCCAUUCAUGGUGCAAACCAUGACGUGCCGACUGGAAAGAUCAAACCUGUCAAUGACAUACUUGAGUGGCUUUCUUCUCUUUUUGGUUUCCAGAAAGGAAAUGUGGCAAACCAGAGAGAGCACCUGAUAUUGUUAUUAGCUAAUAUAGACACAAGGAAACGGAGCCUUGAAGAUUAUACAGAGUUAAAUACUGGCACAAUACAGCAACUACUGAACAAAACUUUCAAAAACUAUCUUUCCUGGUGUCACUAUCUGCGAGUUGAAAGCAAUCUCCGGUUCCCAGGAGGCUUUGAUAAACCACAGCUAGAGCUUAUCUACAUUGGGUUGUAUCUACUAAUAUGGGGAGAAGCUUCAAAUAUACGAUUCAUGCCAGAAUGCAUUUGCUAUAUCUUCCACAAUAUGGCAUAUGAAGUUUUUGGCGUAUUAUUCCGCAAUUUACAUCCUGUUAGUGGAGAGAGUUAUGAAACAGCAGCACCUGAUGAUGAAGCUUUUCUGCGGAAUGUAAUACAUCCUAUAUACCAGGUUGUGCGUAAGGAAGCUAGGAGAAACAAAAGUGGGAAAGCCAGCCAUUCGAGGUGGAGAAACUAUGAUGACUUGAACGAGUAUUUCUGGUCUAACAGAUGUCUUAGAAUAAAAUGGCCGAUGGAUCUCAAAGCAGACUUUUUUAUUCACUCAGAUGAGGUUUUGCCAGCAAAUGAGAGAUCUAAUCAGGGUGGCAGUGGAAGGCGGAAGCCGAAAACUAAUUUUGUCGAAGUCCGUACUUUCUGGCACCUUUAUAGAAGUUUUGACCGAAUGUGGAUCUUUUUUAUCUUGGCUUUCCAGGCUAUGUUGAUUAUUGCUUGGAAUUCUGGAUCUAUUGCUGGCUUUUUUGAUCCAGAUGUCUUCAGAAGUGUGUUGAGCAUCUUUAUCACUUCUGCAGUUCUCAAUCUGCUGCGAGCUAUUCUUGAUAUUGUACUCAACCUUUAUGCUUGGAGGAGCUUAAAAUUCACACAAAUAAUGCGCUACCUGCUCAAAUUCGCUGUGGCAGCAGCAUGGGCUGUUGCUAUGCCUAUUGCUUAUUCCAAAUCUGUUCAGAAUCCGACAGGGCUCAUCAGAUUUUUCAGCAGCUGGGCUAGUGACUUUCAAAAUCAAUCUCUUUAUAAUUAUGCUGUUGCAAUUUAUUUGCUGCCCAAUAUCCUAUCUGCUCUAUUGUUUGUGCUUCCACCAUUACGAAGGACUAUGGAGAAAUCAAACUUCCGGAUAAUUACUCUACUUUUGUGGUGGGCUCAGGCAAGCAUAGUUAGCACGGAAUUUACCAUGAUCCAGCCAAAACUGUAUAUUGGUAGAGGCAUGCAUGAGGAUGUGUUUUCACUUUUAAAGUAUACACUCUUUUGGAUCUUACUGAUUAUAAGCAAGUUAGCAUUUAGCUAUUAUGUUGAGAUAUUGCCACUUGUUGAGCCAACGAAACUGAUUAUGGAGAUGAGGAUCGAUAAUUAUCAGUGGCAUGAGUUCUUUCCACAUGCUAAGCACAACAUUGGUGCGGUUAUUGCAAUAUGGGCGCCAAUUGUCCUGGUUUACUUUAUGGAUGCACAAAUAUGGUAUGCAAUAUUUUCUACUCUUUUCGGUGGCAUUCGUGGAGCAUUCAGCCAUCUGGGUGAGAUAAGGACUCUUGGUAUGCUGCGGUCCAGAUUUGAAGACGUUCCUUCAGCUUUCAGUACCUGUCUUGUGCCUUCCUCAAAGAAAAGAGGCAAAAGGAAACAUUUGGAUGAGUCAGCUGAAAGGCAAAGCAUUGCCAAUUUUUCUCAUGUGUGGAAUGAGUUCAUUAACUCUAUGAGAAUGGAGGAUCUCAUAAGCAAUGAUGAAAGAGAUUUGCUACUGGUACCAUCUUCCUCUAAUGAUGUGUCAGUCAUUCAAUGGCCUCCCUUUUUGCUUGCGAGCAAGAUUCCUAUUGCUCUGGACAUGGCAAAAGACUUCAAGGGGACUAAUGGUGCUGACUUAUUUAGGAGAAUGGAUGAGUAUAUGCGGUUUGCUGUGGUUGAAUUUUAUGAGACUAUAAGAGACAUAAUUUAUAGUCUGCUGCAAGAUGAUUCAGACAGGAUGAUCAUAAGACAGAUUUGUUAUGAAGUUGACGUGAGCAUACAACAACAAAGGUUUCUGCAAGAAUUCAGAACGAGUGGGUUGCCUUUGCUUAGUGAUAAGUUGGAGAAGUUUUUGCACACCUUGCUGAGUAAUUAUGAAGAUCCGGAUAUGUUCAGAGCUCAAAUAAUCAAUAUUCUCCAGGACAUUAUUGAAAUUAUUGUUCAGGAUGUUAUGGUUCGGGGCCGUGAAAUCCUUGAAAGAGCUCACUAUGCCGCAGAAGAUGACGAAAGUGUCAAGAAAGAACAGAGGUUUGGAAAGAUAAACAUUGACCUCAUACGAAACAAAACAUGGAGAGAGAAGGUUGUAAGGUUGCAUUUGCUCUUGACAACAAAGGAAUCUGCAAUAAAUGUGCCAUCCAACUUAGAUGCCCGUCGCCGUAUCACUUUCUUUGCAAAUUCGUUGUUUAUGAACAUGCCAAGUGCCCCAAAAGUGAGGGACAUGCUUUCUUUUAGUGUUUUGACUCCUUAUUACAAAGAAGAUGUCCUUUACUCCGAGGAAGAGCUUAAUCAUGAAAAUGAAGAUGGCAUAACAAUUUUGUUCUAUCUUCAAACAAUAUAUCGCGAUGAAUGGAAAAACUUUGAGGAAAGGAUAACUGGUUGCGCUCCGAAGGACAGGGCAGAGCUUACUCGUCAUUGGGUAUCUUAUAGAGCACAGACACUUGCAAGAACAGUUAGAGGGAUGAUGUACUAUAGACGUGCUCUGGAACUACAGUACUUGCUUGAAUUUGCAGGAGAGAAUGCUAUUAUCAAUGGCCUCCCCAGCAUGGAACUCAGUAAUGAGGAUAGAUCUCUAUCUGAGCGUGCGCAGGCUCUAGCUGAUCUGAAAUUCACCUAUGUGGUUUCAUGUCAGAUAUAUGGUGCUCAAAAAAAGUCCAGCGAUGGCCGGGACCGAAGCUGUUACAAUAACAUUUUGAAUCUCAUGUUAAAGUAUCCAUCACUGCGGGUUGCUUAUAUCGAUGAAAGAGAGGAGACAGUGAAUGGAAAGCAACAGAAGGUGUAUUAUUCUGUGCUUGUUAAAGGGGGUGACAAGUUGGAUGAGGAAAUUUACAGAAUUAAGCUUCCGGGGCCUCCAACAGAAAUUGGUGAAGGCAAACCUGAAAAUCAGAACCAUGCAAUUAUUUUCACUCGUGGAGAAGCUUUGCAAACUAUUGACAUGAACCAGGAUAAUUACUUUGAAGAAGCUUUCAAAAUGAGAAACGUACUGGAGGAGUUCAUAACACCCCGCCGUGGGCCACGCAAGCCAACAAUUCUGGGCCUGAGGGAGCAUAUAUUUACUGGAAGUGUUUCAUCACUUGCCUGGUUUAUGUCCAACCAAGAGACAAGCUUUGUCACCAUUGGACAACGAAUUUUGGCUAACCCUUUGAGGGUUCGUUUCCAUUAUGGUCAUCCUGAUAUAUUUGACCGGAUAUUCCAUAUUACCAGAGGUGGCAUCAGCAAAGCUUCUAAAAUCAUAAACUUGAGCGAGGAUAUAUUUUCAGGAUACAACUCUACACUACGUGGUGGAUACAUUACACACCAUGAAUAUAUACAAGUGGGCAAAGGACGUGAUGUGGGGAUGAAUCAGAUAUCACUUUUUGAAGCAAAGGUUGCUAACGGAAACGGAGAGCAGACUCUUAGUCGCGAUGUUUAUCGUCUUGGGCGCCGGUUUGACUUCUACAGGAUGUUGUCAUUCUAUUUCACGACAGUUGGUUUUUAUUUCAGCAGCAUGAUAACUGUGCUUAUCGUAUAUGUGUUCUUGUAUGGACGUUUGUACAUGGUAAUGAGUGGAGUAGAAAUGGAGAUCCUGACAAAUGCAACGAUACGACAAAGCAAUGCACUUGAAGAAGCUUUGGCCACCCAGUCUGUGUUCCAAUUAGGAUUGUUACUAGUCCUGCCAAUGGUUAUGGAAAUUGGAUUGGAGAAGGGGUUUCGCACUGCCUUGGGUGAUUUCAUCAUUAUGCAACUACAACUGGCCUCUGUCUUCUUUACAUUUCAGCUUGGAACUAAAGCUCAUUACUACGGGAAGACGAUUUUGCACGGUGGUUCUAAAUAUCGGGCCACUGGCCGUGGCUUUGUCGUGUUCCAUGCAAAGUUUGCUGAUAACUAUAGGUUAUACUCGCGGAGCCACUUUGUGAAGGGAAUAGAGCUGUUGAUGCUAUUGAUUAUAUAUGAGGUCUACGGGGAGUCGUAUCGCAGUUCAAAUCUUUACUUGUUCAUCACGUUCUCCAUGUGGUUCCUUGUUGCUUCCUGGUUAUUUGCUCCUUUUGUGUUCAAUCCAUCUGGCUUCGAUUGGCAAAAAACUGUGGAUGAUUGGACUGAUUGGAAGAGGUGGAUGGGGAACCGCGGUGGGAUUGGAAUUCCGCCAGAGAAAAGUUGGGAAUCAUGGUGGGACGGUGAACAAGAGCAUCUCAAAUACACCAACCUGAGGGGCCGGAUAAUGGAGAUAAUCCUUGCCUGCCGCUUCUUUGUCUACCAGUACGGCAUUGUCUAUCAUCUUGAUAUAUCUCACCGCAUCAAGAGUCUCCUGGUGUACGGACUUUCGUGGGUUGUCAUGAUCUCUGCUCUCCUGGUAUUGAAGAUGGUGUCAAUGGGGAGGCGGAAGUUUGGCACAGAUUUCCAGCUAACGUUCAGAAUUCUAAAGGCACUUCUCUUCCUGGGGUUCCUGUCUGUCUUAACUGUAUUGUUCGUGGUCUGCAACCUUACAAUAGCGGAUUUGUUUGCUUCCAUCCUUGCCUUCAUUCCCACUGGAUGGGCUCUGCUUCUGAUUGGUCAAGCAUGCAGGGGACUGUUUAAAGGAAUAGGAUUGUGGGAUUCAAUCAAAGAGCUGGGUAGAGCGUACGAAUACAUUAUGGGACUGUUGAUCUUCUCCCCAAGUGCCAUCUUGUCUUGGUUCCCGUUUGUCAACGAGUUCCAAACUCGGUUGCUCUUCAACCAAGCUUUCAGCAGAGGCCUCCAGAUUUCCAUGAUUCUGCAGGGAAGGAAAGAUAAAGACGAUGCAGCAGCCAAGAAAGAUAAGCCUCCGCCCCCAGCUAAAUAGACAUGUUUUCCCCACAACUUCAGUCACAUAUUCUUAUUAGAUCAAGCAAUCCCACAAAUUAAUUUCUCUCUUGCUUUGCCUAUAUUCUUUUUGCAUAUAUGUAUAUGAUUUCUUAUCAACAACAUGUAUACGGUUUACGGCAUACUAUACGAGUGAUUCUUAAUUUGUCUUCCUUCGUGUC